AUGGACAUUCAAGGGGACUUGGAGUCAGAACAAGAUCUGAAACCAGUGGAGCUUAGGGGGAUGAGGGAUGAGAAGCUGAGCCAUGCUAUCCAGGGAGCUCUCGGCACACCUCCAUGCCCUCCAUCCCACCUCACCUAUAAUGGCCCAACGGGUGCAGGCAACACCAGCAAGUUGAGUGAAUUCUUCACUGUGGGCCUCACUGACGAUCCUCACCUUCAGCCUAUCUUCUUUGCCCUCUUCCUCCUGAUCUAUGCAAUCACAGUUGUGGGAAACCUGGGCCUCCUUGCCCUCAUUGUGGUCAGCCCUCUACACUCCCAUACAAGCUGUUUUGUGUUCUUUGCUGUCACUGAGUUCUUCCUCCUGGCUUCCAUGGCCUAUGACCGCCAUGUGGCCAUCUGCAGCCCUCUGCUCUACCAUAUCAUCAUGUCCCCAAGGCUCUGUUUGCAGCUUGUGGCUGCCAGCUAUGCAGUGGGCCUGAUGAACAUGGUGCUCCUCACUAGCACAAUCUUUUAUCUGACCUUCUGUAAAUCCCAUGUCAUCACGCAUUAUUUCUGUGAUAUUCCUCCCCUUUUAAAACUCUCCUGCUCUGACACACAGAUACUCCAGCUUCUCCUCUUUGCCUGUGGUGGCUUUAAUGUGUCUGUGUCCCUGACAAUCGUCCUGGUCUCCUACGCAUAUGCCUUCUUGGUUAUCAUCAGAAUUCCCUCAGCCAAGGGUAAACACAAAACAUUCUCCACUUGUGCUCCUCACCUGACUUCUGUCAGCCUAUACUAUGGAACCACAGCAUUCAUUUACUUGCGCCCAUCCUCUGAGUACUUGCUAGGCAGGGACAGGCUGGUGUCUGUAUCCUACACAGUGGUCAUUCCCAUGCUUACUUAA